AUGCCGAAUCCACCGCCAAAAGAAGAUACGUGGGCAUUCCAGCCAAUCGGAGCACCAUUCCCGCCGAGUCCUGUCAAAUGUAUGGGGGAGCAGAACAUGUAUGUGGCUCUUUGGUAUAAGCAUGGAAAGCCGAUUCAUGGACGUUCGUGGAACAAUGGAGGAGUUGUUGAGUGCUCUUUUCCGUAUAAAGAGGCUGAAUUGACUACCAAACAACAGCUAGAGGGACAGAUUCAGGUUCUUCAAUAUCUUGGAGACCACAACAAUCAAGGUUUCUGGUACGAAUGGAUUAAGUAUAAGGAUCGUAUUGAGAAACUUGAUGACAAGCAUCAGCUCGUCCGCUGUGGAGAUUCUUUCCCGAUUUUCUGGAAACGUGCCGAAGGAAAUCUUCUCGGUUAUGUUGACAACAAAACCGAGGAAGCGUGGUUCUCAUUCAAUGGAAAAGUUCUGAAACAAGUGGGACCUCAACUCAAUGACAUGUACAUUAUCACUCGUAAUUGUGUUGGCGGACCACCACAUUGUCCAUGUGCUGAAUGCGGACAAGGACCACCGAAGUCGGUUCCACGUGUCGAAAGAGAUGAAUGGAUGGAUAUUCGUGAGGGAGAUCCGUGGCCAACUCGUACUCUUGUCAAGGCUUUGGACAAGACAUUGGAUACUUUGCCAGGAGUCAAUCCGGAUCAAUACGUUGCUCUUUGGUAUAUGCAAGGAGAGCCAGUUAUGGGACGUGUCUGGAAUGAGGGAGGAAAGAUUGCUGCCAACUUCUCGUGGUUCAAUAACGAGUACUGCAAGAAUGUUGGUUCCAUUCAACUUCUUGUCCAUCUUCCGGAUUCUGUUCGUGGUUUUGAUUACGGAUGGAUUCCAUUCCCAGAAGCUGCCAAGUUCGGAGAUAAGGAGUGGCAUCCAGUGCAUGUGAACAAUCAUAAGGGAGAUAUUUCCGUUGGAGUCGUCAAUGUCUCUGGAAAGCAAAUCCUUGCCAAGGUAGAUGUCCGCAAUGAGAAAUACGGAUAUGGUUACCAAGGAAAGGAGCAUUCUGCAAGUGCCAAGGCCUGUGCUGACAAUACAAUUGUCCUUUGUCGCAAGGCUAAGCCAGGAUACAAGUUGGAUGGUUAA